AUGGUAGUGGAGAAGGAUCCUCGAGCCGCACUGCUUAGCGGCGUGCAGCAAUUACUGCUGCGGCACAAUAUCCAUGCGCAUGUGGAUAGCCCUUGCCUAUCUGGCCUGCCCCCGAAGCAGUCUAAGACCAAGAAGUCCGCCGAAGCACGGUUCGAGUUGACGAUCACGGCGAUGACGGCGGACGUGAACAACGCGCUCGCCACCAGCGACCUCGCAACUGACGCUCUCGUGCAAGGCGUGUGUAAGACAAUGGCCGAUGUUGUGCGGCGGCCCAUCUUCUACCACACCGGGAACGGCAAGGGCGAGUCUGGCGUCGUUAAUCCGGACGAGAAGCGAUCUGACGCUCACCUCCACGUAUCCGUGAAGUAUUCCGAGGCCGGCUCGGCUGAGCUUCACCGCGGUGGCGGCGGAACUGUGAAGCGCCGCAAGCGGUACUUCUUCAGCGUCGAAAACAAGACUACUUCCCGCCACUCGUGGUCCACAAGCCUCUCGCCUUGGUCAUCCCCCCUCUCGACUUCGACGACAAAGUCGAGCGUCCUAAUGUCGUUGUCGACAUCGUCCGACUCCUCGCUGCAGACGCCGACCACGCCUAUCGCGGUUCACUCGCCGCUGCUUGGACUUGUAUUCGACAAAGCAUAGGGCGUUACUCGAGGGCGGGCUGGCCGUGAUCUUGCCACUGUCUUUCGUCACUACACACACGUCCACAAUAAUAACACUGUAUUUACCGCGCGUCCACUCGACCCACCAUCCAAGAAUCCAUUGUCAGCACCGCCUUGCGUG